CCAUUGGCGGUCCAGCAAAACCUGUUGCUCAUUAACCACUAAAUGGAGAGGUCAAGAAGAUCAAGGCUUAGUGAACUGUAUGGAGAUCCUGUUGGAUACAAAGGCACUCCGGGAUCAACAAAGUUCCGCGAGAGAGCCGGCAUAGAGGAGUCUUUUGCAAGACAGCGACGUACAAGCAGAUCAAGAGAUGGUCUUCCGAAGGAUGAGGGUGAGAAUGCCGGGGUGAACCAUCACAAGAGACAGGCGGCACAGGACACGCGUAUACCUGCGACGAUUCUCGAUAUCGGGUCGCAGAGGGCGUUUGCGCUGGCGAUCUUUGCCAUAAUCGAGUCUUACAAGCUGUAUGAUCUCAUAUUGCUCAAGAACGGUAUGCCUCUGUCCAGUGCAAUCGGGUUAGGGUUUCUGAAUCAACACCUGCACUUCUUGGUGAAGUACUUUAUCUACGAGGCGACUUUCCUGUACUUCCUCCCAGAGUUCAGGAUCCCCUCGUUGACUUUCUCUAAGAUCAUUGUCAUUUUGCAAAUUGCGCUGUUCCUGCUCAUAAACCUCUUCCUGGUGAGCGAUUUGAGCUUCCCACUCACGUCGGUUAUGUUUGCCGCGUGGAAGAAGUUGAACUCUAAGGAUCUGACUAUAUUGGGAAGCUCUGUGGACAGCGCAGUAUUUGACGCUUCCAGCCACUUCAAAGGCUCCCAUACAAUCAAGAUACUUCCUGAAAAUACCAUCCAGCUGAACCCAUUCCAUGACAGCUUUUGUCUUCCACAAGGUGCUACAGACUACCAACUCAAUGUACCUAUAAGAUUGAACUCAACGUCAGACAUUGACUUCCUCCAAGUGAAGUACACGGAUUUUGAAACGAAUCAACCAAUAUUGAUGAACUAUACGAGUAAAGACAUCAAAAGGUUUGACACGAGCACCUUCAACGCGUUGUAUGAAAGAGAUACGCUAUAUGGACCAAUGAUCAACUAUCUCAAUUUGCCGGUGAAUAAAUUGGGAUUGUACGAAGUUGUUCAAGCCCUGGACUCAAAGUUCUUGAGUUUGAGAACGUACUAUUCUCCCUUGGUCGUUGUAAACUGUCCAACAGCAGCAAUUGACAAUUUUGCCGAGCUCUCGCAAGAAAAGUGUAAAGGGGAUUCGUACUCAGUGAAGUUUAUCGUUGAGGGUGUCCCUCCACUCAAGUUGAAGUACAAGAAAUUCAUCAAUAAUAAUGUUCAGACGUUUAGUGAUCAAAGCCUUCAGCCUGAAUUCUUCCAGAGUCCCCUUCUCGGUUACUCAAGUGAAAAGGUUCUUUCUAAGGAGCACCUCUCUGAUCUAAAAUGGGCAACAUCAAGAACUGUUGAGAUCGACUUUGACAGUCCAGUUAAUGAAAUUGGAGACUACAAUUUCAAAAUCGAAGAGAUUACAGACGGCCUUGGUAACUUGGUUAAUUUCACAAACACUUUGAACGACGAUUCUGAGCUAUUCAACCAAUACAGUCUCAUGCAGAGCUUCUAUUCACAUGACUUGCCAAGAGUUCAUCUUGAGGAAAGAGUUAACAGAAAUACAAAGACCAAGAGAUCUCUACGUCUUGCAAUUGAUCACUUCCCAGGUGACUCGGCCCCAUUCGAGGCUCAAAUCAAAUAUAUCAGUGAUGACGAAUCAGAAGUGGAACUGUUUACUUAUCUGUUCAAGGACGAUAGAGAUGAAUAUCCUGUGCAGAAACCAGGGACUUACACAUUGGUAUCCGUCAAGUCUAAACACUGUCGUUCGAUCAUUAGUGGUCGCUCGUCAGUUUCAAUCCCAUUACCUGUUGUACCAAAGUUAACAAUUGAAUCUCAACCAAUUCAAGAUUCGUGUGUGGGUCAAGUUGGUCUUGUCUUCGACAUGGCAUUUGUUGGUACACCACCAUUCAAAUUACACCAAACCGUUUACAAAAUUGAGAAUGGUAAGAGAGUAAAUACACAGUCAACGACAUUGACGUCGCAAGGUACAAGAUUCCGCUUCAACUAUGAGCCAUCCGUUGAAGGAAACUAUGAGAUCGCUUUCAACAAGCUUGUUGACUCUUUAUACUCGGAUCCAAUCGAAUUACAACCGGCACGCGAUUAUACAUUCACCACUUCAAUGAGAGUCAAGCCAAGUGCGGAGAUCAAACAUUAUCAGAACCGUGGUGCUCUGUGUCUUGGUUCUAGUGUAAGAAUCCCUGUUCAGCUUAAGGGUGAAGCUCCUUUUGUGUUGGAGUAUGAUGUGAUCGAAACACAAUCCAACAAGAGAAUCCCUUAUACAGUUAAGGAUAUCAAGGGUGACUCAUAUGAGAUUGAAACUCCUGCAUUCAAAGUUGGUGGAGAGUACAUAUUGUCACUCACUUCUGUGAAGGAUAACUCUGGUUGUCUUGUUAGUUUGACUGGUGCUGAUGCAAAGAUUGCAGUGAGACGUGAAGUUCCAUCUGUUGGGUUCGGAGUAGGAGAAGAUCAUAAUAAGAUUAAAAUCAAAAAGGGGGAGACCACGGAUGUCCCGUUAAGAUUACUUGGUGAAGGACCAUUUGAUGUCGAUUUUGAUUUCUACAAUUCUGAAGGUCUGUUCGUAUCCUCAAAGAAAAAGCAUUUCCAUAGUGCACACAAGGGCCACCUUACUGUUUCAGAAGCUGGUACAUACAAGCUGAAAUCAGUAAAGGACUCAUCCUGUCGGGGAACUGUCAGUGAUACCGACAGCUAUGCUGUGGAAUACCAUCCAAUACCAUCAGUGUCUAUCAGUGAACACUCGGAUGUUAAACCCAUUAAGUCAAAUGUGUUUGAAAAGAACAAUGCGUGCCAAAUGAAUGGUAGCUCUGUUGAUUUAGUUCUACAUGGCUCUGCGCCAUUUGUUGUUGAAUACACUGUCCUCAAUCCAAGCGGAGCGAGAUCCUCAAAGUCAUUAUCCGUUGCAACCAGAUUUGCGUCAUUAAGGUUCCCUAACGACAAACCUGGUGAGUACAAGUACUUCAUCACAGGUGUUUAUGAUGCUCUCUAUUCAAAGUAUGAUCUUGAUAAGAUCCACUAUAGCAUGGACGAAAUCGUUGUGAAGCAGGUUGUAUCUCCUUCUCCUCGUGCUGAAUUCAAGAACAAGAGAAAGGUUUACCGAACAUGCACAACAAAUGUUCUGGAUAAGGACGUUCUUGAACCUAUCCCAUUGAAUAUUGAUGGCAACGUUCCAAUCACUGUAACUUUUGAGGUUAUACAUGAGAGUAGUUCCAAGUCAGAAUUCAUCACUUUGAGUAAGAUUACAUCUACUUCUGACCUCAAAGACUUGUACCGUGGUCUUAAACUUGGAAACCAUAUGAUUCGUAUUGUGAAGGUCAUUGAUGCUGGUGGGUGUAUACAGACUGGGUUCUCCGAUAAUGGCUACGUCUCUAUCUCAAUCACAGAUACACCAAAGAUCAACCAACUUGACUCGAGCAUUAACUACUGUGUUGGAGACCACAUCGGCUAUCAAUUGAUUGGUACUCCUCCAUUUUCGAUUGUUUACGGAUUCAAUGAUCUCACAUUGAAAGCUACUGAAACAUCUUCACAAUUCUCCAGAUUGGCCGCUGAACCUGGUACCAUUUCCAUCAAGUCAUUGAAAGACUCUGCAUCUAACUGUGUUGUGAACUUUACUCUUCCUGAAAACAGGGAUAAGGAAGAAAGACUCUCUAUUAUUGUUCACCCUAUCCCAUCUGUUGAGGUUUCACAAGGUGACUACACUAUUCAGGAUAUUCAUGAGGGUGACCAGGCGGAGAUCAUAUUCUCAUUCGAAGGAACUCCUCCAUUCUCGUUGACAUACGUAAGAACUGAACAAGUUGCAUCAAAGAGAGGCAAAUCCAGAUCACAAGUUGUUGAAACUCAUACCGUGAAUGACAUAUAUUCGUAUGAAUACCGUGUUCUCACAAGCUUACAAGGUACAUAUCAAGCCGUUGAGGUUUCAGAUGCCUACUGUGUUGCAAGAAAUGACUGAUGAGACUGAAAAAGAAAGCAAACAUGUAUACUAGUAAUAGAAUUUCAAGAUUCGUGU